GCAUUUUUUCUCACCUGUUGAAAUGAGGAAUGUUCUCUCUCCUGACAAAAUCAAGCCAGGUUAACAAAAGAUACAGGCCACUAUAUACAGAGUAAUCUAUUUACACAACAUGGAGAAGAAACAACCUUGUCGCUGAGGUGAGCAAAUGAACCACAGUGAGUGAUCGCAGCUGAAACUGAGGUGAGAGAAUCAUAUAGAUGCAGUGUUCAGAGGCUUCCGCUCUCACUCCAUAUACAGCUGUGCAGGAGAGAUGCUGAGGAAAAUCACAGAGUUUUUUCAUCCAGCAUGUGGUGAGAGCUGAUUCUUCCUUCACCCUGGACACAACUGGAAUAAAAAAGACAGAAUGAUGUGCUUUACUGUGUCUGAACGAAACACUCUGGGCUUUAGAGGAACUAAAUGGCAGUUACAGGUGCUCAAAUUCACUGAAUCAUAAGAGGGAUUCGAGCGCUGAUGAAAAUGAACUUUGGGACAGUGGUAGUCAGUGCGGGUCUGUGUGGGCUGCUCAGUUUCAUCCUGCUCGCCGUGUCCAUCGCCACUGAUUACUGGUACAUUAUAGAUGUGGAUAAAGGGACGAACUCCAGCCUGGAAUACAGCAGCUCUCACUCCGGACUCUGGAGGAUUUAUGAAGGAGAGAAUGGCAGUUAUCAUGACAUCUCGUUCUACACGGACACCUCCGACCACACUGAGCAGGAGAAGCACCUUUUAAACUUGCACAGGGUCAUCGUGGUCCUGCUGCCUCUCAGCCUGGUGCUGCUGGUCUUUGGGGGCAUCUUCGGUCUGGUGGCGUCUUUGGCUCAGAGCUUCUCUCUCCUCACCUGCAUCGCUGCAUACUUCCUCAUCUGCAGUCUGUUGACGGUGUCUGGUGUGAGCAUCUAUAUCAGUUACUCUCAGCAGGCUUUGGAAGAGCUGCAGCACAUGGUGGAUGUGGAGUCACUGGCUCACGUCCACAUGUCCUUCGGCUGGUCUCUGGCCAUGGCCUGUCUGUCCUUCUGCCUGGAGAUGCUCGCGGGGAUCCUGCUCUUGCUAGCGGCCCGUCUCAUCCACCGGCAGUGCCAGCACGAGCCUGCUGCAGUGUUCUUCAUGAGCCAGAGUUCACCACAGCUCCUGAGACUGCAGUGAUGAUGAUGAUGUGGUCGACAUUCACAUGCAUUUCAUCCACAGCUUGAUCAGGGAAUGAGUUUGUGCUGUGUCAAAGUUGAAAUGGAGAGUGCCGGCUGGCAAAUGAGACGGUUGCAUCAAUUAUUGAAGGAGAGGCUCACUCAAGGACUGCUAAAUGUGUGUGCAUCACUCGACUGUGUACGUGCAAUCACAUAUUUUCCUCAAGUCUUCUAGAAACUUGU